GACAAGUCCAAAGACCGUGAUGGCGACUAUUUCAGCAGGCAACCCCUACUCUGGUCUCCUGGAGUCCCUGGCCAUCUCUGGCCAGGACUUCAAGUUCUUCAACCUGACCGCCCUCAAUGACGAACGCUAUGAAAAACUUCCUUUCUCAAUUCGAGUUCUGCUGGAGUCGGCAGUUCGUAAUUGUGACGAGUUUCACAUCAGGAAGACGGACGUUGAAAAGAUAUUGAACUGGACGGAGAACCAAGACAAAAGUGUUGAGAUACCCUUCAAGCCAUCACGAGUCAUCCUACAAGAUUUUACUGGUGUCCCUGCCGUCGUGGAUUUUGCUGCCAUGCGAGAUGCUGUCAAAUCGCUCAACGGUGACCCAGAAAAAAUAAACCCAAUCUGUCCUGUCGAUCUUGUAAUAGACCAUUCAGUACAAGUCGAUGUCGCGAGGAGUCGUCUGCAAUUCUCGCCAAAUCCUGGUGGUGGCGCAACCUGCACCAAGUCUAAAUCGUGUUCUUCGUGUCCCAACUCGAGUCCGCCAAGUUUUGAAGAAGUUUGCCCAUUCCACCACAAGCCGACACAAGGAGCUGACGCCCUUGUGAAGAACCAGGAACUUGAAUUUGAACGAAACAAGGAAAGGUUCAACUUCCUUAAGUGGGGGGCCAAGGCCUUCAAGAACAUGCUGAUCGUCCCUCCCGGUUCCGGAAUCGUCCACCAGGUGAACCUCGAACAUCUUGCGAGGGUCGUCUUCAGCGAGAACAACCUGUUGUUCCCUGACAGUGUGGUUGGGACGGAUAGCCACACGACCAUGAUCAAUGGGCUCGGCGUGGUUGGAUGGGGUGUUGGUGGUAUCGAGGCUGAGGCCGUGAUGCUGGGGCAGUCUAUCUCGAUGGUGCUUCCCAAGGUCGUGGGCUACAAGAUCACAGGGAUUCUCAGCUCUCUUGUCACUUCCACAGAUGUUGUUUUGACCAUCACUAAGCAUCUACGGCAAGUCGGCGUCGUGGGAAAAUUCGUCGAAUUCUUUGGACCAGGUGUCGCAACGCUCUCCAUCGCCGACCGCGCGACGAUUUCCAACAUGUGUCCAGAGUAUGGCGCCACUGUUGGGUACUUCCCCGUCGACAACAUCAGUAUGCUCUACCUCCGGCAGACGGGCCGUGACGAAAAUAAGAUUGCGUUUGUCGAAUCGUAUCUCCGUGCGACGAAGAUGUUUCGAGAUUAUAUGAAUGAGAGCAACGACCCGAUAUUUUCUGAGGUGAUUGAGCUCGAUCUCAGCACUGUCGUGCCAUGCUGCUCCGGCCCCAAACGCCCCCAUGACAAAGUGGCUGUUACCGACAUGAAGGAGGACUUCAAGCGCUGCCUUGAGGCCAGAGUCGGCUUCAAGGGAUUCGCGAUCCCAGAGGACAAGCGUUCAAUCAAGGUGCCAAUGAUAUUUGACGGGAAGGACUUCAUGUUGAAGCAUGGUGACGUCGUCAUUGCGGCCAUUACCAGUUGCACGAAUACAAGUAACCCGUCUGUGAUGCUCGGUGCAGGCCUGGUUGCCAAGAAAGCCGUCGAAGCCGGACUAACCGUGCCACCUUACGUCAAAACUAGUCUAUCACCUGGUAGUGGUGUUGUCACGUACUACCUCACAGAGUCGGGCGUCGUCCCGUACCUAGACGAGCUAGGUUUCUCCAUCGUAGGUUACGGAUGCAUGACCUGUAUAGGGAACAGUGGCCCGCUAGCGGAGCCAGUCACAGAGGCAAUCGAAACGGGAGACCUGGUCACAUGUGGUGUCCUCUCUGGCAACCGAAACUUCGAGGGCCGCAUCCAUCCCCUGACACGAGCCAACUACCUUGCCUCUCCGCCUCUCGUCAUUGCCUACGCCUUGGCGGGGACAGUCCUCAUCGACUUUGAAACGGAACCGAUCGGAACGAACAAAGAUGGCAAACCAGUGUUCCUACGCGACAUCUGGCCAACGCGGGAAGAAAUCCAAGAAGUCGAACGAAAAUUUGUGAUCCCUUCGAUGUUUAAGGAGGUUUAUUCAAAGAUUCAGUUUGGGAAUGAGCGUUGGAACGCGCUAGAGGCUCCAGAGAGUUUGCUGUAUCCGUGGGACGUUGCGUCAACCUAUAUCAAAUCGCCGCCAUUUUUCGUGGAAAUGACUCGUGAGGUGCCAGGAAGUAAAGGUGUUGAAGAUGCCUACGUGUUGCUCAAUCUUGGCGACUCGGUUACGACAGACCACAUAUCCCCCGCUGGCAGUAUCUCGCGUACCAGUCCUGCUGCCCGUUACCUUGCAAAUAGAGGUUUGACACCCCGUGAAUUCAACUCGUACGGCUCACGCCGUGGGAACGAUGAUGUCAUGGCGCGAGGAACCUUUGCGAAUAUUCGACUUGUUAACAAAUUCAUCGGGAAAGCUGGUGCCAAGACUGUUCACAUUCCAUCUGGAGAACAGAUGGACAUCUUUGACGCAGCAGAGCGGUACCGCAGUGAAGAAAAACAGGUCAUAAUAUUGGCUGGAAAGGAGUAUGGUUCAGGAUCGUCGAGAGAUUGGGCAGCCAAAGGACCAUGGAUGCUAAAUAUCCGCGCUGUCAUCGCGGAGAGCUACGAACGUAUCCACAGGUCCAACCUGGUCGGAAUGGGCAUUAUGCCGCUGCAGUACCUCGAGGGAGAGACCGCGGAGACGCACGGACUCACCGGCAAGGAGCAGUUCUCGAUAACGCUGCCAGACGAGUUGAAACCUACCCAGAUAUACGAAGUCAAGGUGAACGAUGGACGGAGCUUCAAAGUUCUCGCCCGAUUCGACACCGAAGUGGAACUGGAAUACUUCAGGAACGGUGGCAUUCUUAACUACAUGAUUCGUAACAUGCUGUAAAUAGUAACAAUGGAAACUGACGGUUGCUAAGGAACUGUUGUUAGGAAAAUUUAGCUACGGAAACAGACUGUUGCUAUGGAAAUGAAAUGUUGCUAAGGCUAUGAUAUCGGCAUCCGCUAGGCGGUGUUGGCUGUCAUUAUGGUAGGAUGGUUUAAUGGACGUCACAGGCGCCUGCCAUUGUUACGUCGAUAUUUUUGAGGCGAUAAGGCCUUUCUGUAAUGUCCUACUGACAGCCAACACCAUGUAGCUGUAGGUUUGCUGGUGGCCAGUAGAGGAUUUCUGCAGUACUGUGAAAAUGGGACUAUUUGUGCAAAAUUGUGCCAUCUUUGACGAAAAUUGUUUUCUAAAAUGAUCAUGAUCAUGAAGAUGAUGUAUUGUAUAAGUUGUUGAUUAGAAAAAUGAAAUGUGUUGGAGAUUGAUCUUGAAGAAGUAGAAAUGUAGAAAGUCGAGAAAAUGUAUUAAAGGAUAUAGCCAAAUUGGUAGAAGGAUUCCGAGAUGUUGUAUGUUGAUGUCUUGCACCUUGGUAACCAAGGUGCAAUAUUUGGUUGCUAUGGUAUGUUGUUGCCAUGGUAACUACAUAUUUUCGUAGUUAUUCGAAACUUAUUUUGUACUGCCUUUAACUGUCUGGCUUAGUAUUAGGUUCUGUGACUAAGAAAUGCUUCACACCUGGUUUCCUCUUACAAUAAUGAUAAUUUCUCCGCCCUGGAUGCAAUAUGUAGAAUAAUUACAACGUCUGUAAAUAUGCAUGCGGUUAUGGCAAACGUUGUAUCUCGAGAUAAUAGAGAGGUUAAGAUUUUGAUCUAAGAAGAUGGGCACCGAUAUCAACAAACUGUUUGUGCACUUGGGGCGCCCUCUAAACUUGGAGGAGUUGCCACUGUUUCGUCUUUGUGUCUGUGAGCAAGGCACUUGACCCUACUUGCUUCUUUCAACGCAGGAGUAAAUGGGCUAGCUGGCAGAGAUGGCACUCUAUAGUCCUGAGCGCUGUAUAGCUGCAGCUCGAACCUGUAAUACUCCCAGAGAGUUGAGCUUGAACCACGAAUGCACAGGCCAAUAGCUAGGGGUAAUAAUGUAAAGCUCGACUGACUGAAACAAGUUGGAUUGAGCGCUAUAGAAGUCUCAUGAUUAUUAUUAUCAUUAUUAUUAUUAUUAUUAUUAUUAUUAUUAUUGACUGAAGGCAAUGGUGCAGAGUUAAGUUCAUACCAGCAUUAGUUGGCAUAAGGUACCACCAUUUUGGCUAGAACUUGGAAACUAAAAGCAAUUAAAUCUCUAUCAAAAAACAGAUCUUUUAUGGUUCAUUGUAAUUUUCUUAUUUGUCUGAUGAUACACAUAUAUCAAUAUGAUGUGAUAUUGAGAUUGUCAGGAUAAAUUAAAGAACAUUAGAAUUAA